AUGCGUUUCACCUCCAUCAUCAUGGCCGGCGUCCUCGCCGUCGCCGCCAGCGCCCAGUCCUCCGGUGCCGCUACCACCACUGUCAGCUCCAGCGUUCCCGAGAACUCUGCCCAGGCUGCCAUCACCAAGUGCCUGGCUGCUUGCCCGGCCACCGACGUUAACUGCCAGUCCAAGUGCAUUUCUGUCCCUAGCCCCAACGCGGAUCAGGUCAACCAGACCACCGACUGCGUCGCUAAGUGCGACCAGGGUGACGGCUCCGCCGCCGCCACCGAGAAGUUCCGUGUCUGCCGCGACGACUGCAUCUCCAAGUACUACUACACCAGCGGUGGCACCCCCGCCGCCACCGGUGGCUCUGGCUCCGGCUCCGGUUCCUCUCGCUCCGGCGCCGCCGCCACUGCCACUGGCUCCGAGGCUGCUGCUACCGCUUCCGGCGACUCCACCGCUACUGGCUCCGGCACUGCUACUGGCACCAACUCCGCAUCCUCCGGAACUUCUACCCCUAACGCCGCCCCUGCCCUUGUUGGCUCUGCUUCAUUCGGUGUCGUCGGCCUCAUUGCCGCCGCCCUUCUGUAA